UAAACAAGGGUGAUUGCUUGGAAUAUAUGAGUAUUUUUUUUAAGGAUAUAUAUGUCCAAAUAUCAUUCAGAUCAUGGGCUUAUUCGAUCAGCACCAAUUUUUGAAUUGAAUGGUUAAGAGCCAUUUGGACUCGUUCAGAAAUCAUCAACAAACUCCCUGAAUCAUUAAGCUGCUUACCGAAUCAGCAAUUUGCCCAUUAAGCGGCUCAAUAAGUGCAAUCAAACGGAGCCUUAGUAUUCAUUGCUCAAGCGGGAAUCUUCACUCUCAGAAACAGACCCCUCCCUCAGUACUCUCUCUCUCUCUCUCUUCUCUCUCUCACACACACACACAGCGAAAAGGUGCACACAGUACCACUACCACACCGAAGGCGUACUGAAAAAAUGGCGGAGGCAGUGACGGAGGUGCCCGAGAAAGUGGUUGCGCGAAUCGGCAAACAACUCGCCGCCUACAAAACGUGCCCAAAUAAAAGCAUUAUCGUCAAAUUACUCAAACAAGCCGCUAGUGCUUUUGGAAAGUUACAACAGUCAAAAUCAUUAGAAGUUUCAGUCAAGCCACUGAGUGAUUCUCUGGUUAUGCAUGGCCUACUUGAUCAUAAAGAUAAAGAUGUUAGGCAUCUUGUUGGCAGAUGUCUCUGCGAAGUUUUAAGGGUCCUCGCACCAAAUCCUGAUUUUAGCGAUGCUGUUUCCAGGGACAUUUUUAGAUUUCUCUUAAGCAUGUUUGGGGAGCUUGUUGACACUGAACACACAUAUUUCUCGGAGAGGGCCAAAAUGUUGGAGACAGUUGCUAAACUGCGGUUUUAUUUGGUAAUGCUAGACACUGGAUGUGAAGAUUUGAUUUUCAAAAUGUUUAAAGUCUUCUUCAGUGUUGUGAGGGAAAAUCAUCCUCAAAGUUUGAUUAACUCAAUGUCAUCAAUAAUAGUAAGCAUUUUGGAGGAGAAAGUAGAAGCAGAUUCUGAUCCUCGUGAAAAGAAUACAUGUCAGUCACUCUUAGAUGUGAUUUUUCAGAACAUCAUCAAGGAGAAGAAGGAUGCAGCACCUGAUUCUUUCCGACUCGCAGAAUCUGUCAUAAAACAUUUUGGUGAAAAGAUGGAGCACAGUAUAUCCCAGUUCUUGACUUCAUGCAUAUUGAAUAGAGAUGCUGUUGACAGUGUCAUUAAAGAAUCUUAUCAUGAGAUUAUAGUUGAAAUAUACAGAAUUGCUCCUCAGUUGCUUCUUUCUGUCAUACCUUGUCUGACCCAUGAAUUAUUGACUGAUCAAGUUGAUGUCCGAAUAAAAGCUCUUAACUUAAUUAGAAAGCUCAUAGCAUCUGGGCCGCAUCUUGUACUGGAAUAUCCCAAUCUCUUCAUCGAGUUGCUGAAUAGAUUCUCUGACAAGUCAGCUGAAGUGAGACUUGCUGCUCUUUCAUGCGCUAAAACUCUCUACAUGACUAAUCCGUCGGGGAAAGAAUCACUUAAAACUCUCUCUGCCAUUCAGGAUCGACUAUUAGAUAAUGAUGAUAAAGUGAGGAUUGGAGCAAUCAAUGUGGUGUGUGAACUAUCUAAGAUUAACUUAAACCUAACAUCCUCAGAUUUAAUAACUCAAGCUGCCAAAAGACUUCGUGAUAAGAAGGUUUUAGUCAGACGUAAAGCUUUGGAAAAGUUGAUAGAGCUAUACCAGGAAUAUUGCACAAGGCGUGCAGAGCGGAACACGUUGCGGCGUACAGAGGGAAACACUUUGCUCAAUGAACAUAUUGAAGAGAUUCCUUGCGAGGUAUUGAUGCUUUGUUAUGAGAAAGACUGUCAGGAGUUCAGGCCUCAAAGCCUGGAUCUUGUGCUAGCUGAUUUGUUCCCUUUUUCUCUUUCAAUAGAGGAAAAAAUAAGUCAUUGGAUAUUUAUGUUUUCACUCUUCAAGCCACCUCAUCUGAAGGCACUGAGAACAAUUCUAUCGAUAAAACGAAGGCUACGAGAUGGGCUUAAUGAUUACUUGGAUCUCUGGAGUAUAUCCGAGGAUAGCUGUUGUGUAGAAGCAGAAAGGAAGAUGGAGGCAUUGGUUGCAAAAAUGGCUUCAUGCUUUCCUGAUCCUGCCAAAGCCAAAGAUUGUUUUCAGAAACUUAAAGAACUGAAAGAUAAUGGAGUACAUAGUGUCUUACAGCAGAUGUUAAGAAAAGGGACUAUACUUGAUUCUGAGGCCACAAAGGGCGUAUACUUCAGAGAACUGGGGGACCGGAAAGCACUUUCAGAGUUCUUGCUUCUACUUUCCAAAAAGUGCUCUCUCAAUAUUUUUGGCUCCGAGCCUGUCAACUAUAUUUUAAAUUGUCUUUCUGGUGAUAAAGCUGAAAAAAAGCACCUAAAGAAUUAUCAGGUGCAGCUUCUUUUGACCAUUAUCAGUGCAUUCCCCUCACUGCUUAGAGGUUCAGAGAAGCAGUUCCAGCUUCUGUUACUUGAAAGAGAGAUUUUUUUUAAUGACCAACUGGUUGAGAUGUUAGCUAAAGAGGGAUAUCAUCUAUCUAUUAAACUCAGUGAUAUAUACUCUUCCUUGGAGGAAAUAUGUUUAGAAGGAACUCGUAGGCAAGCUAAACUUGCUGUCUCUGCAAUUGCUACAUUAGCUAGUUCAUCAGAGCAGCACAUAUACUCGAAACUCUGCAAGACGCUAGUGGAUUCUCUAUGCAAUGGAGAGAAUGUUCCUACAGUGUUGCAGUCCUUAGGCUGCAUGGCACAACAUUCUGUUUCAACAUUUGAAGCCCAAGAAAAAGUGAUUGCACAUUAUAUUUUUGAGGAAAUAUUUCAACAAAAUGAUGUACCUGCUUCAAAGGAUCUUGAUAUUUUUGAUGAGGCUUCAAAUUGUUGCAGUUCUUGUAAAUUAAAGAUUUUUGGGCUAAAAGCACUUGUCAGGAGCUUUUUGCCACAUAAACACACAUCUCUUAAUCGACCAAUCAGUUCUUUGCUGGGUGUUAUUCUGCAGAUGCUACAACAGUGUGCAUUGUCUGCUGGCAGCAUCACAUGCGAAAACGAUGAUGCCUUCAUCCGAUUAGCUGCUGCCAGGUCUGUCCUUCGGCUUUCGAGGAAAUGGGAUUUGCAUAUUUCGCCAGAGAUAUUUCGGUUAACAAUAUUAGUGGCUAAGGAAAAUUCUCCUGACAUACGCAGAUCAUUUGCUCAAAAAAUAAACAAGUUGUUAAAAAAUCAUGCUGUGCCUGGUAGAUAUGCAUGUGCCUUCUCAUUUGUUGCUUUAGACCCUCUCGAAGAUUUGCGCAGCGAUGCGUUAAAAUAUUUGGAAGAAUUUGUUCGGGAAUAUAGUAAAGGAGUUCAAAUACAGGAAAUCACAACAAUGCAAGGAGCAGCUAAUCACCCUCUAUACCUAGUUGUGUUUUUGAUCCAUGUUCUUGCACAUGACCCUAAUUUCCCUGCCCCCGACUGUCGAGAUGAAAAGACAUAUGCUCAGUUUUUGAGUCCACUCUUCGUCACUGUGCAGGCAUUAGUGAAUGAACAUUUAGUUCAAAGCGACGUGACUCUUAACUCUAAUGCUUCAUUGUACUUGCGAAGUAUUUUUAGUGCAAUCAAGAAGGCGGAGGAUGCUAUUGAUGAUCAGAUGACUCCUAAGCUGCAUCUUUUAGCAGAAGUGGGAAUUUGCAUCUUAAAUUCUCUGAAUACCAAUAAUACGGGUUUCCCACACGCUCCUGGAUUAAUUCUGCUUCCAUCGUCACUCUAUAAAAUUGGUCCUUCCAAAAUGAGAGAGGCUAAUGCUUACCCUCUGAUUGGUAGUAGAGCAGAUGUGAAGUUUACUAAAAAAAUGAUAUCUUGGCUCAAAACUGAGGUUUCUGUGAAUGGCAGCACUCGCACUAAUAUACAACCAAGUGGCUCUAGAAACAACAGGUCAAGUUCUAAAUCCAGUAAUCCAGAUGAUUUCCUUAUGAACAAAAAUAAAGACCAGGUUGUUGAGGCUUCCAAUUGCGACUUUGAGACUAGAGGACGACAUAACACGUUUUCUGCUGAAAAUAAGCAUGAAAGAGAUCCUUGUAGAAAUUUGAGAUCUAAGCCCACAUUCCCUUGCAACUCUGCAACAACAAAACCUUCAUUGUCUCAAAAGAAUGUCACCGUAAGUUGUUCGAGGGAAGAAGAUACAGUUAAUGAAUCCGGCACAAAUUGUACUGAACCAUCCAAAUCGUCAAGAGCUGGCGACCAAGUUAUCCACGAGACUGAGGAGGUUGAUAUCCUAAGCUUGGACAGUGAGAUGUGUGAAACUGAUUUGGAUGAUCUCCAAGCACAACGUUGUGAUUACGGCGGCGGGUCUUCUGCUAACGAUGAAGAUAAGCUUCUUGAUGCACAAGGAUUUGAUUCGAUACAGGAGAACUUGCCAAGAAAAAGAAAUAAAAGCGUCAGAAAGGCUUCUUCUCAGGCUGUGAAAAGAAGCAAGAGAUGUGAAGAUGCUGCUAUUGGGUCAUUGACAUCUGAAGUCAUUGAUACAUGAGGAGUUAUACAAAAAGGAGGAAUUGGAUGUAUAUAAAGGUUAUUUCAGGUAGUCUGUCUGUAAAUUAUUAAAACAAGCCACUGCUGUUUGGAGAUAUGUUCAAACUUAACUACCCUCAAAAUGUUUUGAGCAGUCAAAAUGCUCAACUUAUGAUAUGUGAAUAUGUCGACAACUUAUAUGGUUUAAUAUCUCAACUUAUAUAUGGUUGAAUAUCUCUAUUUCUGCGACUUAA